GUAGGAAACGUUCAGGGAAUGACGUCCAAUGAUACAGACGGGAUGGAUUUCUACCCAAGAGGAAGGGGAAAGCACCUAUGUUUGCCGACAAACUAGAGCAAUCUGUUAAAUAUAUAUUGCUCUCAUAGCAAUAAGUAGCCAGAUUUUUAUUGUGUCUUGGAAUUUUUGGCAACUUCAUGCGCCCAGUGUUUGGACCAAAUCCGGACUGUGGGGGGAGUUUUGCGCCUGCUUUUGCACGCUAAACAAUACAACGAACGAGGACUUGGCUGCGCAGAACACACAUCCAGCCACGAUUAGUAACUAUUUAGCUAGUUAUGUAGAUUGCUUUUGGCAGGUUUGCAUGGGUACAUAACUACAUUGGUUUAUUUGCAUGUUUGUGAAGAAAAGCUCAAACAGAUUGGUCGGUCUAAGGAGAGAAUGAUAGGGGUUUGAGAAAUUCUGAGUUUUGUCCCCGGCUUGGACGUUAGCUACUGCUAGCUACCGAGUUAGCAAAUGCCAAAGGGCCUAUUUAGCAAGCGUUUUCAAACCUUUCCAGCGUUUGAGAGUUAUGACAAGUACUGUACUACAGUCAUACCUGUUUGCUAGUAUUCAUACACACGCUAAUAUUCGUGAAUAGGGUUUUUACUAACACACUCCGUGAGGGACGGAACAAGGAUAUGGGGAAGCGUUGCUCAGCCGACUCUUCUACUGUCACUCCUCCAGGAUUUCGAAUCAGGAGAGCCCGGGUCGGUUGUUUGGACUCACGGAUAGCCAGCUAGCUACAUGGACUCACUGACAAGUAACUGCUGUUUCAUUUCAAGCCACAUUUGCAGUUUGAAUCAAGUAGCUAGCUAUCUACAAAUUAUUUGGCGUGCCUCACCCACAAUAUUGUGCUGAGGACCACACCACUUGACCAGACCAGUCAACUCGUUACCAGUCGUGAAAGGGCAAGAACAAAAACGACGCGCAAAAUGAACUAUCAGCAGCACCUUGCAAACUCGGCUGCCAUUCGGUCUGAGAUCCAGAGGUUCGAAUCCGUCCAUCCAAACAUCUAUUCCAUAUAUGAACUGCUGGAGCGCGUGGAAGAGCCCAUCCUGCAGAAUCAGAUUCGCGAACAUGUCAUCGCCAUUGAAGACGCCUUUGUGAACAGCCAGGAGUGGACCCUGAGCCGAUCGGUACCAGAACUCAAAGUGGGCAUUGUGGGUAACCUGGCCAGUGGGAAGUCUGCGCUGGUCCACAGGUACCUGACAGGAACAUACGUCCAGGAGGAAUCUCCAGAAGGGGGCCGUUUUAAGAAGGAGAUAGUGGUGGACGGACAGAGCAACCUAUUGCUAAUCAGAGACGAAGGAGGCCCUCCAGAGGCUCAGUUUUCCCUGUGGGUGGAUGCAGUGAUAUUUGUGUUCAGUCUGGAGGAUGAGAUCAGUUUCCAGACAGUCUACCAUUACUACAGCCGCAUGGCUAACUACCGCAACACUGCUGAGGUACCUCUGGUGCUGGUGGGGACGCAAGACGCUAUCAGCUCAGCCAAUCCCCGGGUCAUCGAUGACACGCGAGCACGCAAGCUGUCCAACGACCUGAAGCGUUGCACCUACUAUGAGACGUGUGCCACCUACGGCCUCAAUGUGGAACGGGUCUUCCAGGACGUGGCCCAGAAGAUCGUGGCGACCAGGAAGAAGCAGCAGCUGUCCAUUGGUCCGUGCAAGUCCCUCCCCAACUCCCCUAGCCACUCCUCUGUGUGUUCUGCACAGGUGGCUGCAGCAGUACACAUCAGCCAGCAGACCAGUAAUGGCGGCAGCCUGAGUGACUACUCGUCAUCAGUACCCUCCACCCCCAGCACCAGUCAGAAGGAGCUACGCAUCGACGUCCCCCAGACCACCAACACCCCCACGCCCGUCCGCAAGCAGUCCAAACGCCGCUCCAACCUCUUCACUUCUCGGAAGGCCAGCGAGCCAGACAGGGACAAGAAAGGACUGGAGGGCCGAGCGGACAGCAUUGGAAGCGGCCGUGCUAUUCCAAUUAAGCAGGGCAUGCUUCUGAAGAGGAGUGGCAAGACCCUAAACAAGGAGUGGAAAAAGAAGUACGUGACGUUGUGUGACAAUGGCCUGCUCACAUAUCACCCCAGCCUGCACGACUACAUGCAGAACGUCCAUGGGAAGGAGAUAGAUCUGUUGAGGACCACAGUGAAGGUCCCAGGGAAGAGGCCUCCCCGAGCGGUGUCUACCUGUGCCGCUGUCCCCAGCCCGAAGACCAACGGCCUGGCCAAGGACAUGAGCAGUCUGCAGCUGGGACCUGGUGGCCCUGGCUCUGUGACCAGUAGUUUGUCAGCCUCUCAGAUGACCAGCGGGAUCAGCUUGGUGUCCUUUAACAGUCGUGGGGACGGGCUGCACCAGAGAUCCUACUCAGUCUCCUCCGCCGACCAAUGGAGCGAGGCCACUGUCAUCGCCAACUCAGGAGUCAGCACAGACACGGGUCUGGGAGAGUCUGUGUGCUCCAGCCCCUCCAUCUCCAACACCACCAGCCCUAAGAUGGACCCGCCCCCGCCGCACGCCAACCGCAAGAAGCACCGCCGGAAGAAGAGCACCAGCAACUUCAAAGCCGACGGCCUCUCUGGUACUGCGGAAGAACAAGAGGAGAACUUUGAGUUGACCAUUGUGUCUUUGACGGGCCAGACGUGGCACUUUGAGGCCACCUCAUACGAGGAGAGAGACGCCUGGGUCCAGGCCAUCGAGAGCCAAAUCCUAGCCAGCCUGCAGUCUUGUGAGAGCAGCAAGGCCAAGUCACGUCUGACCAGCCAGUCUGAGGCCAUGGCCUUACAGAAUGUCAGGAGCCUAAGAGGGAACUCUCGCUGUGUGGACUGUGAGGCCCAGAACCCCGACUGGGCCAGUCUGAACCUGGGAGCGUUGAUCUGUAUCGAGUGUUCAGGGAUCCACAGGAACCUGGGGACCCACCUAUCUCGUGUUCGGUCCCUGGACCUGGAUGAGUGGCCCCUGGAGCUCCUCAAGGUCAUGACCUCUAUAGGCAACGAGUUGGCCAAUGACGUGUGGGAAGGCAACGCACAGGGACGCCUCAAACCAGCACCUGACGCCACCAGGGAGGAGCGUGAGCGUUGGAUCCGGGCUAAGUACGAGCAGAGGUUGUUCCUGGCGUCGCUCUCGGGGGUGGACCUAUCCCUGGGCCAGCAGCUGCUGAGGGCCACGGCCGAGGAGGACCUGCGCUGCGUCAUCCUGCUCCUGGCUCACGGCUCGCGGGAGCAAGUCAACGAGACGUGUGGCGAGGGAGACGGACGAACCGCCCUUCACCUGGCGUGCCGCAAGGGCAACGUGGUCAUCACACAGCUCCUCAUCUGGUACGGGGUGGAUCUGAUGGCGAGGGACGCCCACGGUAACAGCGCGCUGGCGUACGCACGGCAGGCCAGCAGCCAGGAGUGUGUUGACACGCUGCUGCAGUACGGCUGUCCUGAUGAACGCUACCCACUUAUGGCCACGCCCAACCUGUCCCGACGCAACACCAACCGCAACAACAGCUGCAGCAGCACGGGCAGCACCGCACUCAUAUAAACACUACCGCCCCCUUCAGAAGGCCUCCGGGUACUGCGGCUCACAGGAUAUUAACAGGCUAAACACACAUUGUGACAUUGUAUGCAUAUUACACACUCAAAAUCCUGACUGAAAAAAAACUGUGAUAUUUUUGGAAGUGAGGGACUUGGAGAGAGUCUGAAUUGGGAGAAAAUGACUGAACUCUUUUGGGAACCACUACUUCUGCACUCCUUGUCUUAGAGCCCUCGUUGACCUCUGACCUCUCCACUCUGCCACUAAUCUCACACAGAAGACACUAGCACUGCUGUUGUAGUUGCCGUUGAUGAAGCCCUCUGUCCUUUUGGCUCUCUGCCCCACAUCAUGAUGACCCCCCCCCCCCACCCCCACCUGCACUUCAGUCCAAUUGUCAAUUUCCUCACAAGGCCCUCCCCUGUAAAAGCAUGGGGGCAGGAGGUGGCUUGGCGUUACUUCCUGGUGGAGUCAGGUCACCGGCCUCCCCCACUGCUAACUACCUGGCUGCAUGUGGCCCUAAGCAUGAUGGGACAUGGGGAGGAGGCGGCCAAAAUCACGUGAAAAGCAGCGACACCCCCUUCUCAUAUACCCUCUUGAGUCCGAUCUGCAAUCUGCUCCCAGCUUCAACCCAGGCCACACACACACUAUAUCACUACUAUAUCACUGCUAUAUCAGCUGUAUAGAAACAGAGGCCUGCUGGUUUGGAAAGACUUUGGAUGUUUGAAGAGGGUCUCUGUAGCAUGUUGGGGAAGGGGGGGUUGCUUUUCGCUUAAGUUAUGGGAGCUCUACCUUAUAACAUGAGAACUACAAAGAACUACAAAGAACACUGAUCAACUGAACAGAACUCCUCUUCUACUCUGGUUCUUCUUUAGUUCUCCACAUAAUCAGUGUUUCCCCUCUCUUCUCUUCAGUAAAUUAUGUGAUCUCUCUCUUCCUGUGGAUGUAUACAAAAAUAUCUCCUUGUAUAAACAUUUUCAGAAAGUGAGAAACAAAUCCUAAAUAUCCGAUAUUCCUUUGAAGUAAAACAGAAAGUGUGAUAGCAUGUCUGACACUUUCUGUUUUGAAUUAAAAAGGUUGUUCAUCACGUCCAAAUUGUGUAUAUCUCAUUGUGAAUUGCUGGACCAAUGAAUCAGUUCCACAGAGAGGUGAGUUUGUCAUAUAUAUUAGAAGCCACUUGCUAGGUGUAAAAAGCGUGUAUGUAUUUCCAGGCUCAGGGACCAGAGACUGUCAGUUCUGCGUGAUCUCUAAGCCCCCACAAUUCCACUCGCCUCAACAACAGUCUUCUUACAUUUACGUUUCAUCCAUUCAGAAGAACAGUCCACCUACAGAAUGUAUAGGAAGCCUCAUGAUGCUCAGUAUCAGACCAUCAACCUUCUUCAGGAUCAUCAGACGGUCGGUCCACUCAACCCACUCAGAGACCAAGGGGAAAUGUUUUAUCCUUCUGCAUGUUAUUCUGCCUUUACUUUUAUCAGGUCAUCAAAUACACUGUAUCUGCUGUUUCAGCUGGAAACACAUCAUGAUAACAUAUUGUUGCCUAGUGAUAGACAGAGGAUGGGAGGAAAUGGAUAGGCAGGACUCUAUCAUGUUCCUGUUGAUUUCUUGGUGCAGGUUGUCAGGUCCAUACUCCCAUUCACUAACACUGAUCUACAACUGAUCCAGGAACAGCAUCCACCGUGUAAAUGUAGCACUAUUUAUACUAGAUGGGCUCAUCAGUGUUCAAUCUAUUUAAUUUAAUCUAAGAAGACAUUUGUCUGACAGUUCAAUCCAUGAUGGGCUGUCAGCUUUUGUAGAAUAUUUAUGAUCUGAUGGAUACUGUUUCUUCAUUGAAUUAGACUGUUCUGAUUUGGAGAAGAGUUCCUAAUUUGGGCCCCCUCUGAGUUUUCCCCUUGUCAAGUUGACUGACAUCAUAUAUGACGUCAUUGGUCAGGAUAGACUCUGGGCCGCCUCCCAUCAGGUCUUCUGAGGUACUCUGCAUGCGUUUCCUCCAUCCUCUGUCUGUCAUUGGAUAGCCAUGUCUGUUGCUCCCCAACCAAUCAUACAGUCUCUGCCUCUUGAAUCUCUUCGUCUGCGUCCCGAAUGGCACCCUAUUCUCCAACAGUGUACUGCUUUUGAACAGCGCCCAUAGGAUUCUGGUUAAACGAAGUGCACUAUGUAGGGAUAGGCUGCCAUUUGGGAUGCAUCCUUCCUGCUCAGUGACUGAAUAGGAAGGGAAUCCUACUGUGUGUAAAUAAUAUUUUACUUCUCUCUCUUCCUCUUUUGGUGCUGAUGUCAUGAUGUAUCUGAAGGAAGCAGGAAGUUCUUUACUCUGAGAGCGUCGUGUUCUCUCUGGGGUUUGAGUGGAGAGUUGCCGAUGCCCAUGUGAUGUUUUUAUUGGGAGAAAUAAGCCAAUGGUGGGUUGACUGAACGUUACUGGAAUGUUUAGCGUUAGGGGCUCUCCUCCUGUCCCUCUUCGUGUUGAUAACGUCUCUGCUCUGCACAAGUCCCUCUGCCUGUUCUUAAACCUUCCUGUGUGUGUGUCCUCGGGAUAUGAGUCUUUCUCUCCCCAAACCAUUCCUAGGCAUCAAAUGCUCCCGUAUUUAUGACUGCUUGUGCCCUUGAUGUUACCUCGUGUGUGUGUGUGUGUGUGUGUGUGUGUGUGUGUGUGUGUGUGUGUGUGUGUGUGUGUGUGUGUGUGUGUGUGUGUGUGUGUGUGUGUGUGUGUGUGUGUGUGUGUGUGUGUGUGUGUGUGUGUGUAUAACGUCUAUUAUAAGAAGUGACUCCUGCCUCACCUGUACAGGUAUUAAAGCAAUAUGGAGGACAGGUAUUGAUAUCCAUGCUAACGGUGGUGUUUCUGUCCAACACGCUCCUUGCAAUACCUGCAUACGCUGUAGACAAGCCCAUACAUCACACACACGCUUCUCUGUGUCCGAUAGAAAUGUGAAAAGAGCUAAACAUGUUGAGUGUGAUGAACAUGAGAGGUGCUGAGACAUCUGGCGUUGUCCACAGGCAGCCAUGAACACUAAAGUGACCUGCCCAAACCUUUAUUCAACCUUAUUGAACCUUAUUGUUGCAGUAGCAGAAAUAGCAGCGUGAAACCUCUCCCUCGUCGCUAGAGGGGUUCUCCCCCUUAAUAACACUUGUAAGUGAGGUUUUGACUGAGGAGAAGACAAAGUCCUUUUAUUUAUGACAAAACGAUGCACUAUGUAUUCAGUUUGAUGGUCCCUCUUCAGUCCUCUCCUCACAAAGUCUUUCCUGUACAACACUUUUGCAUGGCUGGAUGUUUGUGUAGAUCCCUGGUCUCUUCCCUCUUAUUGUCUGCUGGCCUGAAACAGUUCCUCUCAGCCCCCUGGCUCUCACACUAGUGGGAGAUAUGAAGAGGUUAAACAUCCUAUUGGACACAAUCCUCAUUGGUGGUCAAGCUGCUCUCCCUUCCCCCUCUGAAGUAGCCAGUGGAAUUCAUUAUUAGCCAAUAGUGUGAGCUGUCCUCCCUUAUAGUUGGGUUCAGGAAGCAUCAAAAAGCUAGCCUGGAAUCCAGAAGAUAUCAUUUGUUUCAGUGGUGAACCGGAGCAUAUCAGUUUGGUUUCCAGGCUAUCUAGAAGCUCCUCUUUAGACGUGAGACGUGGAGACGUAUCAGUGUGAACCCUGCCAGGGACAAGAGCACUAUGGUGGACAGGGGACACACUCACCAUGGCAAUCAGUCUGGUGUUACUUUAGUACCAUUAAACCGUCCACAGCUCUCCCUUCUAUACAUGCCAGUCAACACACAUCACAUGUACAUAGAUGUAAUCAACAAACAGUAAUAAACUAUGGUCAUUUGUUUGUGUUUAUUUGGUUCCAGUGUGUAUUUGGUGACCUCUGUCGUUGGUCAUUCAUCCUGUAUGUAGCUACACAACCCGGGACGACUGCCAGUCAGAUGAUUUAAUGUGGUUAUAAUACCAUCUAGAUAUGGAACAAGACCUCUCUUCUCCUAACUGCUUGGGUUUCGUUCAGUUAUCAUUCAGUUUUCAGUCUAAUCCAUGCACCUCUAUUGUGACCUAUCAGCAUCAAGCAGCGUUAUUUUUCCAAUUGUCAUUGGUCUCCUAAUUAUUAUUGUUGUUAUUAUUGUUCUAUUGAGUGUCAUCUGUACAGUACCGUGUUGAAACAUGAUACCUAAUACAGUCUUCUACUGUAAUGUCUCUUUUCAAUAAAGACAAAAUAUGCUUCUUAA